UUGAGGCAUCAAAAAUUUUAAAGCCUCUUGAGAGUAGGAGUUUGACGCCACAGGUACAUCGCGCGACGGCCCAUUUGAUUGCCAGCAACGUUUUCUCCGAGAUUACCGCCUUACCGUUGACGCUGAUUGCCUCAGUCCUUUCGCGGCAACAUGACGUCGUUUCGGGCCUUCCUUGCCGUUACAGCUCCUCUCUCUUCUCUCACCACCGCUUCCUUUCCAACUCGCCCCAACUCACUUCCUCAGAACCGCUUGUGCAAGUUUGGUGUGAAAUGUAGAUAUGCAGAAGCAGGAAUCAAAGAUGACUCAAGAUCCCCUACCAUAGAUGUCGUGGCUGAUGUCAAGAGCGAAAAGGUUGUUGUCUUAGGAGGCAGUGGUUUUGUUGGUUCUGCGAUAUGCAAGGCUGCGGUAUCCAAGGGCAUAGAGGUUAUAAGCCUAAGCAGGUCAGGGCGCCCUACUUACCCAGGUUCAUGGGUGAAUCAGGUUAAUUGGAUAUCAGGAGAUGUUUUCUAUGCAAACUGGGAUGAAGUACUUGUUGGGGCUACAGCUGUGGUGUCGACUCUGGGAGGUUUUGGCAGUGAGGAACAGAUGAAAAGAAUUAAUGGCGAGGCUAAUGUCACAGCUGUAAAUGCUGCAAAGGAUUUUGGGAUUCCCAAGUUUAUCUUAAUCUCAGUACAUGAUUACAACCUACCAUCAUUUUUACUAUCAUCUGGAUACUUCACAGGAAAGAGGAAAGCUGAAUCAGAAGUUCUUUCGAAAUAUCCAAACUCUGGCGUUGUCCUAAGGCCAGCUUUCAUAUAUGGAAAGAGGAGAGUGGAUGGUUUUGAGCUUCCACUGGAUCUGGUUGGGGAGCCACUGGAGAGAAUUCUUAGUGCUACGGAGAACUUAACCAAGCCUUUAAGUUCUCUUCCAGCAUCUGAUCUGCUCUUGGCACCGCCUGUUAGUGUAGAUGAUGUUGCAUACGCAGUCAUAAAUGCAGUAAAAGAUGACGACUUCUUCGGCAUUUUCACAAUUGAACAAAUCAAGGAAGCUGCUGCAAAAGUGAAAGCUUGAAUCACUUCAAUAUAUUAAACUAGUUGUUAGUAACCUAUACACAGCACCUGGAUAACAAAUGUUACUUGUUUUAACAUCCUUCAUGUUGUCCUUGAUCGUUCAAAUUGACUAAUUGCAAAGUUCAGCUGUUGUAAAGUGUUUCAAAUUUAUUCA